AUGGGUGGAGAAACGGGACUUAUCACUGGCGUUUAUUCCGCCCGGAGGACAAUAGGGAAGGACCCUGAGUCAAAGGAGAGGAUCCAGCGUGCGUUUGAGAAACUGAGGGCAGAGAUGCUUCGGCGGCAGGCGGAUGCGCUUGAUGGCGGCCAGUCGGUUUCUGAAAAAGUGGCGGAAAUAUUUUAA